AUGACGUCAUCAGUUUAUGUUUUGUGAGAAAUAUUCGGUUACGAAAUUCUGCCUUGAGUUUUGGUGGAUUCGUUUUUUAAAACUUAACGUAAAGUUAUUGUCAAUUGAAACUUGUGGCAAUAAAUGAAUCAAUUAUUUUUAGGAUCUUUAGAUUAACAUUUUAAUAUUCUUAGAGUUAUUGGUUACGAACAAUCUUUUUGGCGGCAUCAAUUCAAGCCACAGAAAUAGAUCGCCUUGUGCAAUAGUCUGUGUGUACAAAAACUCGGUGAACUCAUUUGAAUUUGAACCGGUUAUUUGAAAUGGGUCAGGGCCCUUAAGGUAGUGUCUCGUGCGAAAAUGUCGAGGAGGUGAUACCUAGUGUAUAUAAGAAAAUAAAGUCGGAAUGGAGAAUCCUGAGGUUCCAGAAUUACGGUCAAGGUCACGUUCGAAGACACCCUUCUUACGGUCUAGUUGUGAUCGGGAGAACUGUACGGGAGGCGAAGGCCAUACACACCAUAAAUCUGGAAGGAAAACCCCUGUAAAGAGGAACACUCCGGUUAAGCAGUUGCAUCCCACCACAAACAAGGCGACAUCCGAGCCCAUCUUUGAAGUGGACGACGAAGACUCGCCGCCUGCGCACCGUACACGGCACUCGACCCGCAUAGAGAAGACAUCGCAGGUCAAGACAUCGGAUUACUCUUCAGAGGACACGGAACUCUCUAAAGGACAUCAUAAGGAAAUAUUUCAGAACGUAGUCAACAGUCGAUAUGAACAGGCAUCGUCGAGCUCCCAUCACUCCAGCCAGUAUUCCAACUUCGCUGAUAUUCCCUACAGCCCUAUACACACGUCGUACAAUGUGGGCUAUGAUAGGUCCUUCCGAAUCGGCAGUCCGGCUUACAGCAGCAAUUCAACGGAAGUCUCUUUCGCGGAGCAGGCGCUAGCCGACACCAGCACCUUGCUGGAGAGGGACCCCACCCCUGAGCAUCUGCCUUCAAGACUUUACAAGAUGGCUGGAGAAUAUUGGAACAAAUACCCCAAAACGGACUACACGUAUUCGCCGUUGUCAAAAGACCGCGUGGAACUCGCACCCGGUCAAGUGGCCGUCCCGAACAUGUCUCGGCGGUCACUGUCGCAGUUCCGUACGCAGGGGCCCAACACGUCCGUGGACGAGAUGGAUCGGCUGACUGGCACCGCUAUAUGGAAGACCAGCACGCUCAGGAAACGGUAUACGACAGUGGACAGUUCAGACGAUGAAGGUGCAUAUUACCGCGGCAACGGUGGGUACUCUCCGGCCGAGCAGCGGUGGUGGAUCACUAGGUUUUUCCUCGCCAUCAUCACGACAAUCACGACCACUGUCACCAGCACGUACAAUAAGAUCGUCGGUCCGUCGCACCGGUAUCCGUACACCGAUAGGAGGCCGGCUAAAGCUGGCAUCUUGUCACAGGCGGCCUCUGUAGCGGCAGCUCCGUUUUACUGGAUUUAUACUUUGAUCAAAACAAUAGUUACCACCACUGUUACCACUGUUACUGAAACUAUAACGCCAAACCAUGUCGGCCAGAGUGAAAAGUACACGUACAACUACCAAGCGAAAACUGUGGCCAAACAACGUAGGUGGCCCUGGUUCCUACUCUUGCUGUUACCACUCAUCGGAUAUGGUUGCUAUCACUACUCGGAUUAUAUUCUACCUCAAGAAAAACCAGUCAUCGUUGACACUUACAAGUCACCCCAAAUAAUACAAGAUGUGGAUCUUUCGAAGCGGAUGGCAGCUCUUGAGGAUUGGGCAGUAAACGUGGAUUCUAAACUGAAACUAUUCGACCACAGAUUAUCCAAAUUUGAUAACUUAGAAGCUCAAAUCGAGCAGUACUCAAUCAAAUACUUGCGUCAGAAUUUUAUUAAUAUAUUCAACUUGGCUGAUAACAGUGAGUCAAUCGGAGCUAAAUUGAAAGAUUACUUUGAUAAGCAUUAUAUUACGAAGGAGCAGAUGCAAUUGAUGAGUCAGGAGAUACACGAGAGGUUGAUUAGCUCUUGGAAACCAGAGAUGGAUGAAGACAAGAUUCGUAGUAUCAUCCAGGAUUACUUGGCGGUAUUCGAGCGACAUCAGAUGGAGCUGAUAGUGGAAAAAUUAAAGGAAUAUGUGAGGGAAGUGCAGGUGCAUCGUGUGGAGACAGGGUUCGACGUGGAGGCUGUGAAGAAAAUUGUCGCCGGAAUGCUCAAUAUAUAUGAUGCAGAUAAAACAGGCUUAGUAGAUUAUGCUUUGGAAUCUGCAGGUGGUCAAGUGAUAUCGACGAAAUGCACGGAACUGUACCAGAUCAAAACGAAACAGUACUCGAUCCUAGGACUGCCGGUGUGGUGGGUGUAUACGUCGCCGCGAUACGCGCUGUCGCCGGGCGCGAUGCCAGCAGAGUGCUGGGCCUUCCAGGGCUUCCCAGGAUACUUAGUUGUUCGUACGUACGCCGUAAUUGAAAUAACCGGCUUCUCAGUGGAACACAUGUCUCGGUUGCUGGCCAUGGAUGGGAAGAUUGAGUCUGCACCUAAAAACUUCUCUGUAUACGGCUUGCACGGCGAAAUGGAUCCAGAACCUCAUCUGUUCGGGGACUACAUGUACGACGCAAAUGGCACAGCGAUACAGUACUUCCCUGUAAAAUACCCUAAGACCACAAAUAUUGGAGGCGUCGACUAUCCAGUCGCGUACGAUAUCGUGGAGUUGAGAGUCGAGAGCAAUCAUGGCAACCCUACGUACACUUGCGUAUACCGGUUUCGUGUACAUGGCAACCCACUCUCAGAUAUCAGGAGAGCUACAGAAGACAGUAUCAAGGACAGUGAAUCGUAGCGUCUCGAAUAAAAAAAGAACUUAAUGUACAGGUGAAUUUACUUAAAGACGUUUUUGCGUUGGUAGUGUGUCCGGUCAGUGGAUAAAUAAAUAAAGAUAAACAAUAAGCAUUAUAACUAAUCGGUAACAAAAUUAAAACAAAGAAAAAUUCAUAUUUCAAUAUUUCACAAAUGUUUUUAUUAUUUUAUAACUUACUAACUUUUAAUUGUGAAUUUCAUAUACUCCAGUAAAUUACAGUAGUAACCAAAUCGAAUCAAAAAUCAUGUUCAUGCAGGAUUUUUUUUAUAUUAUGUAUUAAUAUUUUUUCCCUAUGUCCAAUUCAGUAUAUAGAUUCAAUUGAGAAAAACUGGCAAGAAAAUCAACUGAACUUCUUUUAUCAAGCCAGUUUAUUUACAUUGAAAUAUAUAUUAUAAUAGAAACAAAAAUGAAAAUAAUGUACUCGUUAAUAAUAAAUUAAUAAAAACAAAAUGGCCUUGCAUUUCUGAUGUUACUUACAAGCGACCGAUGCAGUAGUGUGAUGUGUUGGCCCAAACUAUUUUAUUCCACUUUUGAACUGGAUAUACUACAAAUUCAAAAACGUCUUUAAGUUGACUUACCUGUAUUAAUGAAUAUUGUGUUUUAAAUUGUGAAACUUUAAAGUGUGUAGUGCGUUAACUCCUAAAAACGUCCAUUUGAGAAUGUUGUGUUCAAAAUGAAUUUGGAAGUGACCAUUCCCGGAUAAUUAUUAGCUCGUGAGAGCGAGGUGUGGCCUUAUUUUAUAUUCGUUUUAAUUUACUAACUACUAGAAUGUAAUAAGAGAGUACAAAUCUGUUUGUUGACUACGUAGUGACUUACAAUUAUGUGCUUAAUCAGUAUAAGGACUUAUAACGCACAAUGACCACUAAAUACGCUUAGUUGUAAAACUUGAGUACAUUUUUAUCAAAAAUAUAUUUAUUGAUAGGUUUUAAACAUAUUUUUAAGUUUGUUAUAAAUUAAGAUUCUGAUUUAGUUGUAUUUUUCUCAGGCAUGUUGGACAUAGUUCUAAUAAUGACUAGGUGUAUAGUUGGCGGCAAAUUUCUUGAACAAAACCAUAGACGAUAAAAAUUGUUCGGUAGACGGAUUUUUAA